AUGCUUUCUUAUUCAGAUUCAUGUUCACACAAAAGUGAUGGUUUGAAAAAAAUUAAUCCAGUUGAGGAAUAUACCGUGCUAGGGAAUAUUCGGAAUAAAAAGGAUGUGUUCCACUAUACGGAUAGGGAAAGUGGCAAAGGAUACUCGCAUUAUUCUAAUACAGUUUACCAUCAUCGACCGUAUAUUUGGCCACCUCUUCGUAAAUUGUACUAUUGGAAUUACGUUUUUGUAAUUGUAGGAAUUGGGUUUCUCAUGCUAGAUCACGAAUGGCUGUUCGAGCAAAUUAAAUACACGAUUGCUCCAUUCAGACCUGAAGCUUCUCAAAAAAUCGACAAAGAUAAAAAUAAUGGUGAUUCGAAAGAAGAGGAAACAAAAGAAAAACCGAAAAAGAAGAAAUUGGGAUUUCGCGAGCGACGAAUCAUUGAAUAUGAGGAUCGACUUCGAAUGUAUUCAACUCCUGACAAAAUCUUCAGAUAUUUUGCAACUUUAAAAAUUCUCGACCCAUCCGACGAAACAGGAAGAAGUUUUGAGGCAUAUAUGACACCUGAAGAUUUCCUUCGUUCAUUUACGCCUGGUGUAAUGCAACCGCGGAAAUGGGGUCUUGAUAGUUUUAAAGUGUACAACCCUGAGAAACACAACAAAACGAACUUCAGUGAUCCAAAUAGUAUCUUCCAAAAGUUGGGUGAAAAUGGAUUAAUCAGCUUUAAAGAUUAUUUGUUUUUAAUGACGCUUCUCUCAACGUCUAAUGCCGAUUUUGCUCUUGCUUUUAAAAUUUUUGAUGUAAAUGGAGAUGGGGCCCUCGAUCGUGAAGAAUUUACCAAAGUUAAACAACUUGUUAUGUCUCAAACCACUGUUGGACAAAGACACAGAGAUCACGUCACCCCGAUUAGUUCAUAUAGAAGUGAAACGAAUUCAGCACUCGAAGCUUACUUUUUUGGCAAAGAUGGACAAGGACGACUUCCCGCGCAAAAGUUCAUCGAAUUCCAUAAGAAGUUGCAACACGAUAUUCUAGCAAUGGAGUUUGCUCGAAGAGAUGCUCUCGAUGGUGUCGAUGGAAAAAUUACAGAGGAAAGUUUUGCUCAAUUGCUCCUUCUUCAUGCACAAAUUGGGGAGAAAAAACAAAAACACAUGCUGAAACGAGUCAAGCGAAAAUUCAAAGGAUCGAAAAUCGGAGUAGAUUUUGAAGAAACAAAAUCAUUUUUCGAAUUUCUCUAUCACAUUGAUGAUGUAGAUAUUGCGCUUCAUUUUCACAAAAUGGCGGGAAUGUCGAUCGACGGAAAACUCCUAAAAAGAGUUGCCACUAAAGUGACUGGAGUGCCGUUGUCGGAUCAUGUUGUGGACAUUGUCAUUACACUAUUCGAUGACAAUCUGGACGGAAAAUUAUCACACGAGGAAAUGGUAUCAGUAAUGAGAAGGCGAAUGAGACGGGGGCUUGAACGGCCAAGAGAUACUGGACUUUUCCGUCUUUUCGAUGCCAUUCUUGAAUGUGGUAAACGGGCUUAUCAUGCUAGUCCACUUCCGUUCUAUUAA